AUGGUAGUGGCUAUGGAAGUGGAGAAGGAGGGGGAAGUGGAGAAGGUUACGCGGGUGGGGGUAAGGGAGAAGGAGAAGGUUGUGGAAAAGGAGAAGGAAGCGGAGGAGGAUAUGCCGGAGGCGGCGGAGGGGAAGGAGAAGGUUGUGGAAAAGGAGAAGGAAGUGGAGGUGGUUAUGCCGGAGGAGGAGAGGGUUGUGGAAAAGGAGAAGGAAGGCGGAGGAGGAUAUGGCGGAGGGGGUGAAGGAGAAGGAAGCGGAAGAGGAUAUGGUGGAGGAGAAGAAGGAAGCGGAUCAGGAGGAUAUGGCGGAGGGGGUGAAGGAGAAGGAGAAGGCUGUGGAAGUGGAGGGUACGCCGGAGGGGGCAAGGGAGAAGGAGAAGGCUGUGGCAGUGGAGAAGGAAGUGGAGGGGGUUACGCCGGAGGCGGCGGAGAAGGAGAAGGUUGUGGAGGAGACAAGGCGGGAGGCGGUAAGGGAAAAGGCUGUGGAAGUGGAGAAGGAGGUGGAGAAGGGUACGCGGGAGGGGGUGAUGAAGGAGGAAAAGGCUGUGGCUGUGAAGGAGGAUCAAGCGAAGGAACAGGUUGUGAUUGUGGAGGAGGUUAUGCCGGUGGAGGUGGUGAUAAAGGUGGAAGUGGAGGAAGUUACGAGGGAGGAGGAGAUGGUAACUACGGAGGUGGAUCUAGUGGCGGGGACAGCGGCGGAGACGACAGUUGUGGUGAUCAAAAUGGGGACACCGGAGGCAGUGGGGGAUUAGGUAUAACUAUCUCCAUCGGUGGAAACUGUGGUAGCAAUUGCACCGAUGACAGCGGUGGAGGAGUCUACAACGUUACCGCCGGACCAGUUGGCGGAGAUUAA